GCACUUGGCUCGCAGAGAACACGAGACAGCAGACGGCCGCGCCGCUGCCUGCCGACCUAUUCACUGCGGUAAAUACCACCAUGCAUUCGCGCCUCACACUGUGCGCAUUCCUGCCGGCGCUGCUGCAAGCGCUCCAGCCCGCGCGGGCACCGCCUGCCAGGCCCGUGAGCACACGGGCACGCGCGACGGUCAUGGCGAAUAGUUUGACGACCAUUUCCGCCAACAACCUCAAGAUGACGGAUAACAUCAAAGCGUGCGGCGCGCCGCGUCCCUUGGAUACCGCGCGCCGCCCGAAACCCCCGCCAGGCGGGAGAGAAGGCGGGAGAGAAGCCAGGCGCGGAGAGGAGCCAACGCCACCGCGCGCAGGUACGUCGAAGAGAAGAUCGGCGGCGUCGUCGAGAAGUACGCCGGCGUGUCCCAGAGAUGCGACACCCACCUGAGCGUGAUGCGGAACCCCGCCGUCGCCGACAGCGACGUCGCCGAGGUCGUGGUCUUCUGCAAGGGCGAGGUCGUCCGCGCCGAGGAGCGAAGCCCGAGCAUGUACUCGUCGAUCGACCUCGUGGCCGACAAGGUCGCGCGGAAGCUCCGCAAGGUCAAGGAGCGCCGCGAGGGCAAGCGCAACAAGCCGCAGCUGAAGAUGAGCCUGGGCGAGAUGCUCGAGGACCCCGUCGAGAUGGAGCCCGAGGUCUUCGACGCGACGUCCCUCAUCCGGCGCAAGACGCACGCGAUGCCGGCGCAGUCGCUGUCCGACGCGAUGAUCUGCAUGGACGGCCUGGACCACGACUUCUACAUGUUCACGAACGAGGAGACGGGGAAGAUCAACGUCAUGUACAAGCGCAAGGAGGGGGGCCUCGGCCUCAUCGAGCCCGAGAACUGAGGCCGCGGCGCCGGGGCGCCUCCGGGCUAACGUAUCUUCUAUUUAGUGAGUACCUGGGGCCGCCUCCGUCCUCGAUUCCUAACUUUUUUAUCUAUUAUACAGGCAAGGGGACGAAGGGGAGAUGUAUACAUGCCGCCAGAGGAGAUGACCGGGAGCACGCACAUACUUGAGUUCAUCUUUCCGCCGGCGGUUUCGCGGUCGCGGUGGUUCGAUCGCCGCCAAAUUUGUGGUGUCGUUGGUGGUCCUCCGGCGGACGACUGAACGCGUGUGAGACGCUGGUUUGCGCGCUAGCUACGGUCUCGGUUUUGGCCACAGUUCAGGGCCUGUCGUCUUCCAGAUUGGGUUUUGGCCGCCGCGGGAUCGUCUGUGGUUCGCGCCGCUGUUUUUGGCUACAGUAGUAAUAAGUUUUUGCGGAUAAACGAGGACGGGCCCGCGCGGAAAAGGUGAGUGUAUAAGCCUUUACUUUGGCCUCAUCAGGCGAAGGCUGCUUUACCUUGAGCCUACAACUCGCGCGACUGUUUUCUCUG